CCGACCCGAUAAAAACCGCUAUAAACCCUUCAUCACCGUUUUUCCAUCUUCCUGAGAGAAGAACCCUAGCUAGCGCGCAGGAGCCGCAAACGUUCUCUGCAGAGUGAAUUCUCCGAUCAUUUUGUAGAUGACGUUUAAGCGAAGAAACGGUGGCCGUAACAAGCAUGGCCGUGGCCAUGUCAAGUUCAUCCGUUGCUCCAACUGUGGAAAAUGCUGUCCCAAGGAUAAGGCUAUCAAGAGAUUUCUUGUGAGGAACAUUGUUGAACAAGCUGCAGUUAGGGAUGUACAAGAAGCUUGUGCUUUUGAAUCUUAUACACUUCCCAAGCUGUACUUGAAGAUGCAAUAUUGUGUCUCAUGUGCUAUUCACUCUAAGGUUGUUAGGGUUCGAUCUCGUGUGGAUAGGAGAAACCGUGAGCCCCCACAGCGGUUCAGACGCAGGGAGGAUCAGCCGAAGCCUGCUGGUCAAGGUCAAGGUCCACGCCCAGCUGGUGGUGCACCCGCAGCAACUGCUCGGGCUUAGACCUGUGUUCUUUGAACCAAGUACUUGUCUUUUGGUUUACUUCUUUCAAAAGGAUUGCUUUCAACUUAUUUUUUACUCUUUUAUCAUUGUUGUUGAAAAGUUGUCUUAUUUUUGUUUCAUUCAGAUCCAAAUGCUUAAAACUUAAAAAUGAUUUUAUUUAAGAUGAUUUAUUGCUAAGCCAUGUGAUUUUUUUUUUCU